AUGGAGCCCUCCGCGCCUGCUGCCGCGCCCUCGCCCUCGCCCUCGCCCGCGGAGGACGAGGGCAUUCUCACCGUGAACUUCCGCUGCUUGGACGGUCGCACCUUCACGCUGGAGCUGCCGAGCGACAUCGACAUCGCAGACGUCGUUUCGCUGGCGGCAGAAGCCGCCGACUGGCCUGACGCGCGCGUCAGGCUGAUUUACCAGGGCCGCGCGCUCGCCCCAGGCCGCACGCUGGAGAGCUGCGACGUCAAGAGCGGACACACCGUCCACGUGGUGAAGCAGGCGCAGCCCGAGGGGGGGGGGAGGCCGCGGCGGCCGUCACCCAUGCAGCCUGCGGCGGGUGGCAGGCCCGCGGGGGCUCCUGCCCCCCCCCACGGCCCGAGCUUCCUGGCCAACAGCAUAGGCCAAGCUGUCUCCGCGGUCGCCGCUUCUGUCUCCUCGGCGGCUCAGGCCGCGGCGGCCGCGACGUCCGCAGCCCAGGCGGCGUCGAACGCGGUCGCGGCGCUUCGGGGCCGAACUGCGCCGGCUCUCUCGCCUGCAGGCGAAUCUGCGAGCCGCGGCGCCUCGCUAGACGGCAGCCGGGAUGACAGAGGAGCGGCGGGCUCUUGGGACUCGAACGGCUCCACGGCCGGCGGCGUGACCCGCUCCACUGCAGCGGACUCGGCGAGAAUGCGCUCGUCGGCUGCCUCUUCGUCUCCCUCAGAAAGAUGCGGCUCGUUCUUGUCCGCGCUGCUUGGGCGAGAGGGCCCUGCGGGCGCCGGCGGCGGCGGACCACUGGCCGCCGAAGAGGCCCGCGGAGCUUACGCGUCGGCGCCGAGCGGCAGCGGCGGAAGCGGCUCGUCGACUGCCGCGAGGGACAGGCAAGGGCGGUCUUCGGCGGAUUUCUACAGCGCGCUCUCUGGCGCGCUGGAGGCCGCGGCGCACAGUCUCCUCCGCGCAGCAGAGCAGGUUCGGCGCGACGCGAGCGCCCGGCACUCCGACACCCUGGAGCCCGAGGCGCCAGCCGCAGCCCCCGGUCAGGGGGGUGCGUCGCUGCCGGCGGAGCGGGCGCCGAGGGGUGCGCUGCCAGAGAGGCUGGCCGCUUCAGCGGCCCCGCCUGCGGGGGGGAGACCAGGCGCGGAGUCUCCCUCCAGUGCAGCCCCAGGAGCGCAGGCCGCCUCCGGCGCGGCGACGGCGCGCGCCGGUCAACCGCUGCUGGAGUUCGGCGAGCAACCGACGCCGCUGCUGCUCCCUGGGGGCCUGCCGGCUCACGUCCUGCCUGUGGCGGUUCACGUCUCGGUCGAGCACCAGACACCCAGGUCCGGCGAGGGCGGAGACAGCGCCCUGCCGCGGCCUGCGACUGGAGACAGCCCGCCUCAGACUCAGAGGCCCGCAGGCGGAGACGCCACGCGCGCUGCCGAAACGUCGGCGCCGAGCCCGCUGCCGCGACCGCAGGAGCUGGUGAUCACGCAUGAGUUCGUUCAGAGUCUGCUGCCGUGGACAGACUUGCGCGACUCCCUGGAGCUCAUUCAUCGCGAGACGGGAUGGAACCCGGUUCAGCUGCCGCGCGUCUCCACGCAGACCGGGGCGCCGCCACCGCUCAGCGUCUUCCUGCCUGCGUACUUUACGGCGCUCAAUCUCGUCGCGGCGAUGCUGCAGCAGUUCAUCGGUUGGCAGCAGGGCGUCACGCGAGUGUCUGUGCCCACAGUGGGUCGCAGUGCGCUGACGCUCGCGCGUCUCUCGGCGACGACUGCGGGCUUGUCGGCGCUGCUCACGUCGCUUUUCAACUCAAUGGCAAGGCACGUGAACCAGGAGGAGCUUGCGGAGGCGAUGGCAUGGGAGACGGAGAGCGCCGAGGGCGGCGCCGACCCCACCAGGGCCUCUCGCGCCGCAGCUGCUGCGCGGGCGGCGGGCGGCGACGGCGAGAGGAGACCGCGCGAGGGCGCAGGCGACGAGGCCGAGCGCCGCAGACGCAGGCUCGCGGCGGACGUCGCGUCCGCGCAGGGCCUCGACGGCGCAGCUGCGCGUGAAGAGAGAGAGAAAAAGGAAGAAAACGAACGCGAGGAGGACCUCGAACGAAACUCUGAACAGCAGUGGCAGGACGUAGAAGACGAAGCGGCCGCAGCCUUCGGAGAAAGCUCUUCGUUGCCUGUGUCGCCAUUGAGCAGCCGCGCGUCUCCGCGGGCAUCCGCGCCGUCCGUGGUGUCGUUGAUCUCCUCAAACGCCGCGACCGCGGGGAGCAGCAGCUCAAGCACCGAGGCUCGCGACGCCCUUUUGGCGGCGAUGGCUGGCGCCUCGACGGGCUCCGCGGGCUCAGUCCCGAGCCCGCUUGGCGCACGCCCCCCGCUGAGUAUGAGCAACAGCAGCGCGAGUCCCAGUCCCUCGCCGGCGAGCGGCGGCCUCUCGCCCGCGCCGGCGCUGCUGACGUCGUCCUCAGGAGGCCACCGCAAAGACGACGACGACGAGAGCUUCGGGUCUUCGGUGUUGGCAGAACAAGAGGAAAGUGCUGUCUCAGGGAACGGCGCCGCCCACGCGCUAGACGACGCGGCUCGACGAGGCGCGGCGGCGGCGGCGGAGGGGACGCGCGGCGGCGCGCAUCCGCAGGGCGCGCUGCAGAACUUCGUCUCGGCGCUCGGCAGAGCCCACGGCGGCGACGCGGGCGCGGAGGAUCAAAUCGUCGACGAAGAAGUCCGCAUGCGCCUCCAAAUGUGGACGGGAAAUGCUCAGCAGUUCUCCAGAAACGUGCUCUCCUAUGCUCGCCCGAGGCCCUUCAGCUCUGCGUACCGCUCGGGCGACGCCACCCAGGCGUCGUCGAUGCGAACGGCCUCAGGAGAGGCUGUCGACAACAUGCUUCCUCUCACGUGGCACCGGGCGCUGAACCGCGUCAACGUCGGCGAGGAGCCGCGGCCUCCGGCGUCUCUGUCGCCCGGCUACUUGGCGCUUUUGAUGCGCGAAGCGGCGACCGCGGCGCGCGGCAACGGCGACUUUGCGAUGCAGCAGGAGCGUUUCCCGCACAUUCGCCUGGCGCUGCAGCUCCUGGAGGAGGCCGAGCGACCCAGAGACGACGCCGAGACCAGCGAACGAACCUAA